CACUCUUUUAAAUUCGCUUUCACUAGACCAGCAGGGUUUCUGUUCAGGACGUUACUAACUCCAGAACUCUUUGACUGCGUCAUCCACUCCUUUGACAACUCUUUAGAUUUAUUUCUUCCUUUACUCGCUGCCCACUUGCGACUAUGAAGCUCCUUUCUAUCCUCUCCAUUGGGGUAGCAACCGUAGCGGCCGUUCCUAAUGCUCCAGUUCUUCCUCGCGCCUCCAAUUCGUCAAAUGCGACUCCAAACUUUGGCUAUGCGAAACUUUACAGACUUCAAGAAGCCUUCUACGAGAAAUUUAUGUAUCCCAACAAUGCGAAGGAAGCCGCGAGCAUUAACUCGACCGCCUUUUCUGAAGAUGUCCUUGGCCGCGUCUCUGAUACUCGCGAUUUUGUCGGCCGCGAACUUAACACUGAAUACAUCUUCGGCCUAUUCAUCCCCACAGACUCAAUCUCCAUCAUCGGCCAACCCUACAGCUACGAAAUCAUGCAAUUCACUGCGAACCAGAACAUUGCAUCCGCAUCAACCCGCGUCAACUUCACAUUCCCGUCUUUCGGAAACAUCUCACUACCCGUGACUAUCGAUACCUGGAUCACCUGGAACGAAGCUGAGGAAAUCACUCAAUAUGACGUAACAUUCCGGUGGUUCGCCUACCUCCUGCAAACCCUCCUCCUAGGUCUCGCUCCCGGAAAUUCAACUCUAGCGAUGGAGAGAGCGACAAUGGCGCUCGCGUCCUCCGUCUGCAACGCGCAUACUAGCUACUGUAAUGGCACCAACGCGCAGUACGAGUCACGAGACGACUGCAUGCAAUUUCUUACUCAAGAAAUCCGAUUCGGCCAGGCUUUCGAACUUGGCAUGAAUACCCUCGGCUGCAGGAGUAUCCACGAGAUCAUGCUCAAGUACCGUCCUGAUGUACAUUGUCCGCAUAUCGGCAAGAGUGGAGGCGGCAUGUGUGAUGAUACGAUGGGGUAUGUGGAGAAGGUUACCGAAAACUUUUUUAAGAACUCACCGUGGGUUCCAACGAUGCAGUAGGGUUGGAUUGGAUGGGGCGGUAGAUGGCAUUCUAGCGUUGGCGUUUUCUCUAGUCCUAAGAAUCGAUUUUUGGAGGGCGAAACGGGCUGUAUUAUAAGAUUUAACGGACCCUGGGUAGCAUUGGUGUUAAUGGGAAUUCGGAUUGUAUGGGUAGAACAUCUCUCGACGGCUUGCAGAAUAACCACGCCGGCCGAAUGAAUGAAAUUGAACCGACAUGGAU